AUGCAGGCCUCUCUUCCGUCCUGGAAGGACGCCGACAGGAAACAGCAAAUACAGAUACCAUGGAAAUCCUUACAGCUGUUGGUCCCACAUAGACUGCGACGCCGGCUAAGGUCAAAACUGCGGAAUCGAACUUCGCCUGCCUCCUCGAUAUCCGCGCUGAAGACGUCUUUCUCUCCUGCAGAUACACUACGAUCUCUACAGAAUCACAGGUGGACUAUCUACGACGGCCAAUGGCUACUUCUGGCGGUUGUGGGCAUCUUUUCGCUAAGCAUAAUUGAAUAUCCUGGUCCCCUGGUCAAGACGGCGGUCGCUACACUCCUCCUCUCAUCGUUCAUAUUCCCUAUUACACGACAGUUCUUCCGACCUUUCACGCCCAUUGCCGCGUACCUUAUUUUCUUCUACGCCUGCAGGUUUAUCCCCUCCGAAUGGAGACCGCCGAUCUGGGUGAAAGUUCUCCCCGCCCUCGAGAAUAUCCUCUAUGGAGCCAAUUUGAGCAACAUCCUGUCUGCUCACAAGAAUACUGCCUUGGAUUUGUUGGCAUGGUUCCCCUACGGGUUGGGUCACUUCGGGGGGCCAUUCGUGGUAGCAGCCGUCAUUUUCAUCUUCGGACCUCCUUCAACCCUACCAGUCUUCGGUUUCACCUUUGGCUAUAUGAAUCUGGCCGGGGUCAUGAUUCAAGUCCUAUUCCCGUGCUCCGCUCCGUGGUACGAGAAUAUGUAUGGCUUGGCUCCUGCGAACUACUCGAUGAAGGGCUCGCCGGCCGGUCUGGCGCGCAUUGAUGCCUUGCUUGGAUUCGACAUGUAUACCUCGGGGUUCACAGCCUCUCCAAUGGUGUUCGGCGCAUUCCCGUCGCUUCACGCCGCCACUUCAACUCUUGAAGCUCUGUUCAUGAGCCAUGUAUUCCCGCGGUACACGCCCUUGUGGGCCUUCUACGCUGCUUGGUUGUGGUGGUCGACGAUGUACCUCUCACACCACUACGCGGUUGAUCUGGUCGCGGGCAGCUUGAUGGCUGGCACUAUCUUCUACUUUGCAAAGGCUAAAUUCCUGCCGCGACUUCAGCCUGACAAGCGAUACAGGUGGGACUAUGAUUACAUUGAGGUCGGGGACACUCAAAAUGAUUACAGUUAUGGUAUUGCCGGGCUCCAUGGGUCUGAUCCCGACAGUGACGAGUGGACGAUCGGCUCUUCUUCCUCCAUUUCAUCUGGCUCAUUGAGCCCAACGGAGGAGAGCCCUAAGCAAUGGACAGAGGCAUAUUCCAACCACGAAAGAUGA